AUGCUCACACUUCAGAGCCUACAGCAGCAGAUGCUGAUGCUGCAACAGCAGCAGCAACGGCAGCAGCAACAGUACCAGCAGCAACCGCAGCCGCAGCAGAAGCAGUCUGAGCAGCAGCAACAUCAGCACGAACAGCAGCGCUAUCAGCAGCAGCAGCAGCAGCAACAGCAGCAGUAUCAGCAGCAGCAAAAAGAACGACAGGAAAGCUAA